ACGCAUGCGGUUCCCACUGAUGGGUACAGCACCUUCAUCAUCAUCAACAUGGCAGCCGCAGACCAAAAACCUCACGCCAGCGCAGUUCGUCCUCGUUCCUACCAAGACGAGAGCUAUCUGCGCGGUUUUUUUGGAAGUGUGGGUGACUUACAGAAGGCUGAGGAACUGCAGGAUGUCGUCCUUGAAGUCGAGGGUUGGCAGUUUCCCUGCCAUCGGCUCGUUCUGUCCGCGGCCAGCCCCUACUUCAGGGCCAUGUUUACAUGUGGCAUGGCGGAAAGUCGACAGAAGACAGUCGUUUUACAGGGUUUGGAUCCAGCCAUGUUUGGGGAGAUCCUGAGUUACAUGUACUCUGGAACCGUCCAUGUGUCCCUGGACACAGUGCAGCCCCUGUACCAGGCAGCCGACCUCCUUCAACUGGACUAUCUACGAAACACCUGCAGCAGCUACAUGGCCAAGAAUGUGGAGGACUCCACCUGUGUGGACCUGUACAAAUUUGCCGAUGUAUUUUCUGUGAACAUGGUCCUGAAACAGUGUCUGCAAUAUAUCUGUAGUCACUUUGUGAAGGUUGCCUCCAGUGAAGAGUUCUGCAGCCUGAGUGUGAAUCAGCUGACUGGGAUCAUCAGCCAAGAUGAGCUGGAUGUUAAAAAGGAGACAACAGUGUGGGAGGCUGUGGUGAGAUGGGUGCAGCACAGCAGGGAGGACAGACUGCACCACCUACCCAGCAUCCUCCCUCACAUCCGCUUCAACCUGCUGACCCCAUACAACAUGCAGAUGGAGGCCAUCUUGGCUCACCCCUUGGUUAGGGAGGAUCCUGGGAGUUCUGCCAUUAGGAAUGUGGUAAAGGAGACUUCCAACCUGAAGAGGAGAGUUGGAAUGGACACACGGGAAAUGGCUCUGCUUUUUGGUGAUUCAGAGUAUGGAGCACGUAUCGAAAUGAUGUGGAUGAACCCCCGAGAAGAGGAGUACAUCACGUGUGAGUACAACAUAACUUCUCGUACAGCAACAGUUACUAGUGAUAAUGACAUCUACAUCCUGGCUGAAGAGUCCGACGAUUUUAGAACAUACGCCCUGCUGAAGUACAACCAUGUGGAGAACAAAUGGGAGAAGAAGUCUUCAGUACAAGGGGUCCCACCAGAAGACCCAGAUGAUGACAUGCGGUAUGAGUACUAUGACUACCUUAUGGAAGUCAAUGGACAUCUUUUCUACCUUGUGGUGAAGACAUCAGAUUCAGAAAAUGAUGAGGUGGUGUUGAAGAAAUACAACAAGGACACCAACACGUGGCACUGCUGUUCACAACCUCAACACGUUGGGGGUUUGGACAUCAAUGUGGCAGUGUCCUGCAAUCAGCACAUUUAUCUCUUCACAAGGACAGAAGCACAUUGUUAUGACCCCAAAGAGGACCACUGGUGUAUGAAAACCAAUUCAGACUACAUUCCUGACAUCCUUUAUACCUAUAAAGCUGUUGCCAUGGGAACAGAGAUCAUCUUUCCGAAUACUAACUUCAGCAAGACAAUGGUGUAUGACACAGAGAAAGACAGAUGGUUGGAGCGUCCUGUCAAGCUGAUGAUGAAUUCAAACAGAGAUCAUCGAGGUGUUCAUGAAGUCACUCUCUUUGUACUUGAAAACAAGCUGCAUGCAGUGACAGACAACUUCACUUACUUAUCAAGUUCAGAGGAGUUCAUACAUCUCUGGCUGGUGUUUGUGUAUGACAGCUGUGAGGAUGUUUGGAGGGAGCUAACUGUCCUGCCUUAUUGGGUGUGGUAUGCAAUCAUGGCAAACCCUAUGUUCCCUGUGGCUCGUAUGUACCUACCCUAUCUGGAUGCCAGCCGUGGCAACAAACAUCUAUAGGGUGCAGCAAUCCUCAAGAUCAGGCUUGGUGAAUAAACAGUUGCCCAUGUUUUAUUGCAACCAGUAAUGCUAGAAUGUAAUCAACAGGUAUGUGUUCCUCAGGGAUUACAUUUAGAUUCAGCAAACUUUGAAGAAUUCCUUGUUGAAGUUGGUCUGGCUUUAUAUUACAUUUCCAUUGAAUUGACACUAGGUUCUAUGUUGAUGUGGACCAUUGACCAGAAAGUUCAACCGGCAAAAAGGCCAGUGGAGGUAGACAUAAUGCAUUUUGACCUUGAGGGAACAGUACAACAGUGCCAUACAGUUGAUAACCUAAUGAAGUCAGCAUUUUUCUAUUGCAAUCAAUCAGAGAAUGUAUGGGAACAUGCUAGAAUGUAGUCCUCAAGGGUGUGUUCCUCAGGAGUUAGAUUUAGAUUCAGCCAACAUUGAAGACUUCCUUGUCGAAUGGAGAGGAGUUUCUUUGUUGGUGUAGACCAUGGACCAGAAAGCACAACCAGCACAAAGACCAAUGUUGUUAGUGUUAUAUUAGCCUUGACAGAACAGCAUUGGGCAUUUCCAUUAUGAACUCAGCAAUACAUCGCUAAUACCCAAGCCCAGGGGACCAAUCUUUCACACUGCAAAGCUAGUUCACUGGGAACAGACCUCUUUUGUAUGGAUAAUGCAUUUAUUGAGACUAUGGUUUAGGAUAUACAGAGUCAACCUGAGAAUACCAAUCAUGCAUGGUUACAAAGAGGUCUAAAAUAUUUAAAACUUUCUUUAUGGUUAGUAGUGAUCCCUGACUCUUUGUACUGGAGGUCAUCUACAAGUACUGUUACUAUAACAUAGCAAUAAGGAUAUCGUUUUGACAGAUACAUGUAGCAUAGACAUCAGCUAUAAUAAAAAGUGUCAUUAAGCUAAAUGUUGAAGAAUUUUAUAGAUACUUGUAGAUUUAUAAAGUUUAGUAGUAUUAUAUUACCUAAGGUUAGCUAAUGGUUGUAGCUUAACUACAUCAAUACAGUGGUAUUUAGAUAUAUACUGAUUAUGUUUUGAUGAUGAUAAUGAUAGUACUAUAUAUUAGUAAAUGCGAUUUACAGUGUUAUCAUCAUAUUCCAUACAAGUGCAGGUGCAUGUAUGUUGUUCAGAACUUAUUAAAAUGUUUUAACAGCUAAACCCUUACCAAUAUGUUAUUGCGUGUCAUGCAUGGGGAGAUCCUGGGAAAUACAGUGUUAGCAUCAGUGUUUGUCUCAAAAUGUCUAUUUUGAUUUUCAUUUUGUCUGGUCACUCUACUAAUGUUCUGCCAAAAUCCCAGAAUCACAAAACAUAAAUCUCUGUGACCCAAUAGUUUGUCUUGCGAUGGGUUGAUUGAAGUAGACAUCAGAUGAAUUCCUCAUACACUACAAACUUUAAGAUAACUAAUGAUGAACAAAGAAUAGAACAUGAUCUCACUGAGCCACUCGUAGACUGUGUCACACAUGUAAAUUGUGUAAAUUACAUAAGAUGCAUUACAGAACUAAGUAUUGUAAUACGUACAUUUAUAAAGGUUAACUUACGAUUAGUAGUGUUAUCUUACUAUAAACGUAUUUACUGUUGUUGACUUAUUGAGCCUUGUACAUCUAUG